AUUGUUAUUCGUUGCUUAUCCCGCUGCCAUUUGGAAUGAGUCUAGUAUAACUUUUCAGCGGCAAUCGUGCUCAGUCUUUGUAGAAAUGCUGUACUUGUUUGAAGUGUUUUUAUUCGCGCUAACGUUGGCCAAUGCGCUGCCAACGGCACCUGUUCAAUCAGAACAAGAGAUUUCGGACAACGACAUUGAUGACAAUGACUUCAGUAAGGAGUUGCCAUUUGAAGCAGAAUAUUAUCGCACCAGCACCGAUCGUGAUGAAUUUGUGCGACCAAUUGCAAGUCCAAAGGAGAAUGAAAUUGAUGAAGGAGAAGAUGGCAUUGAUUUAGAUGAUCUAAACACUUUUGUCCAUACACCGGAUUGUACAUAUCACAUUGCCAUCAGAUUAUUUUACGAAAGUAUCGAUGAAUUGGAAAUUAAAUUGGAAGGUUUAACACUGAAAAAUGACACAAAGAGUAACAUCAGUUUGAGUGAUUUUGUACAACAAGCGCAAUUACAGAUUGUCAAUACAAUUAAAGAAAAAAUGUUUACAAAUGAACUGGUGAAUGAUGUCAUUAAUUAUUUGAGACAAACAUUUGUGAGUGCAUUCGGGUUUGAGAACAAUUGCGGUGUUUCAACCACAGUUGUUACGUACUUUACAAAGAACGAUACUCAAGUUGAUGGCCCGCAAGCGAACGAAGACACUACAGAUGUUGUCCCAACGACUGAGGAAAUUAUUCAAAAUGAAACUGACGCAUCUAUUGAUACUGAAACGAGCACAAGCACCGACGAUGAAGAGGAUGCUACGGAAGAGUAUCAAUCGAAAACCUUAAUCAGACCAAAAUUAAGUGACGUUGUUCAGGAUGUAAUCAAUGUAUAUAAAGCACUCCACAACUGGAGAUAUUCACAACAGGCUUAGUUUGAUUGGUUUUAUUGAAUUUUCUUUUAACCUGGAACAUAUUACAAAGUAUCUAAAAUUCAGUUGUCAAAAAUCUUAUGCAUAUUUUCUCAAUUAUUCAAUUGAUGUGGUUGUCUGUUUUUUUUUCCUUCAUAUUAACAAAUAAAGUUCAUGUGGCUAAAAUUA